GUCGUAGGGUGGCGCUCAGGGUAACCACCCGGAAUAUACUUGUUCGCGAUUUUUGGCGGCUGACGCCCAGUGUUAGGUCCAAUCCUCGAACCGAACGGUCAACCGAAACUAGCGAACGAGAAAGUGGUCGGUAGGAGUAGUAGACAGUAAACUCUCACGGAGUGACGAUAUAACGAAUUUGAGAGAAAUACUGAGCGAAAAAUGAGUACGACAAUGGACGCAAGAUUCAAGAGUAACCUCGCGAUGAUUGGCCGCAACGAGCCAAUCACCAAGAAGGCCAAAUUCUGGCAGAGCUACGUGCGAGCUCUCAAGGGUACCGAUGACAUGAGGGCUCCCGAGCAUACCCGCAGGCCAAGGGGAAUCUUCAGCAGCGACUUCCCCGAGCUCCACUCGUCGUGGCCAUUCGGAAAGUCAAUCUAUGACAAUCCCCUUCAUGCCUCUGAUCGUAUUAAUGUUCCUGGAUACAGGUACUUACCCGUUCACCGCGAGAUCUACGGCUACUCCCCAAGGCAGCUGUACCCCCACCAGUACAAGCCCGUCGAGCGCUUCUCUGCGAAACCGUACGAUGCUGAUAAAGCGUGGAAUGAUCAUUUGGACCGACUGGCCGACAUCGACAGAUUGUAUCCAACUCCAUCGCCCCUAUUAGCUCGUCACAAGCGUCCCGCCCUGACUACGAAACCGCUGUUCGAUAUACACGGAAAACUACUGGACGACUUUUUCGACACGUAUCCAUUGAAGCUAGGAAGAAAGACGUUCUUCGAUAUGCUGGAGCCAUCGCCAUCGGCACCGGUCACCGCCUUCACUAGAGAUCCAUGGUGGUAUCCAUGUUAUGCACCAUAUAUCCCAAGCUACGCUCAAUGGAGCACCAGCCCCUUCUAUCUGAGGGACAGCUACCUCAGCCCCAUUAAACGUAAUUACCUGUGGAGCAGACAUCCCCUCAGGCCCUUCGGACAAAAAUACUAUUACUAUUCGCAGCCCGUUCCAAGAUAUCACUUUACCAGCCCGUGGUACAAUAGUGAGCAUGGUAUAUUAUUGAACAAACCUCACAAAUAUUAGACGAUAUCGUGCAUCCCCCUGCUCGCGGAAGUAGGAAGCGCACCAACGAAAAGAGAUCGAAAGAAUUGUCUAAACAAUGAAUGAAAAAGAAUACGAAGUUGGAUUUAUUUUUGCGAAGAGAUGAGAAGACUCGUGGGAAACUGCCCGGGCUGAGCAGAGUAGCUGGCCUUCUCCGACCAUAGCUCGCCUACUAUUAAUUAAUUGAUUCUUAAUCGUAAAAGAAAUUUAUGAGUUGUCCCUUUUUUUUUGUUAAAUUGAAAUUUGUUUCUACGUAAUUGUUAUCAUUGUACCCAGUUAUCAUUGAAAUAAAUCUACAUCAUGACUUCCA